AUGGUGUCCCCUCAAGUGACCAACCUGGUCAUCAUCGUCGUGAUGAUGCAGCUGGCGAAGAAGGUUCCCUUUGAGGAUCCUGACGUCCUCAUGCUUGUCCGUGGGAUGUACACCCUGUCCAACGUCCUCAUCCUGUCGCUUUAUCUAUACACACAGACCAAGAUAAACAGCAAGAAGGACUUGACUACGCUCAAGUACGUCGAGCCCGCUCCUAUGGGCAGCAACGAGGAGCCCCGUCCGGUCACGACCACCAACAUGGAAUACGACAAGGGACAGUUGCGCCAGCUGAUUAAGGGCCAACUGAUGGGUGUCGGUAUGAUGGGUGUGAUGCACCUGUACUUCAAGUACACCAACCCUCUCCUGAUCCAGUCGAUCAUCCCUCUCAAGAGCGCCAUCGAAUCCAACCUGGUCAAGAUCCACGUCUUCGGCCGCCCCGCCACCGGUGACCUCCAGCGCCCCUUCAAGGCUGCCAACAGCUUCAUGAACCAGGGCCAGAUCAAGAGCGACAAGGCCUCCGUUGAGAACGCGGAGAAGAACUGGCGGGGUGGUGUCAAGGAGGAGUAAAGUUCUUGGGGGCAAAAGUUGGGGGAACAGCGUCUGUCCUUGGAUCCUUGGGGUUUAGGGCAUUGCUCGCCUCCUUGUAUGUUUCCUAGAUACGAUGUCAAAUGGAGAGAGUGGAGACCACUUCCUGUUGGGUUUCAUCACUUUCAUGGCUCCUUGGUUUUGACGGGGCCGAUUAGAUUUGUAUCCAUUUCGACCAUGUCAAUAAUUGCUAUAGUAGUCGAUAGUCUAAUUUUGCUAUGAUAAAUGACCAGGUUCAUGCCUUGUAGAGCGAGUCUGGAAUUCUUGGAAGAUGGCAUGACAUGGGAAUGGUACUUUUGAGACGUCGUACAUCCCAUGGAUGAUGUCUUGCCUGAUUCCAUGAC